AAGGAAGGACAUUCCCAGUAGAUAUCCACUACAGUUUAGACCCUGUACCAGAUUAUGUGAAGGCGACGGUCGAUACUGUAAUGAAGAUUCACCGUGGAGAGAAAACGGGAGAUGUUCUGGCCUUUCUCACUGGACAGGAUGAGGUCCAGAAGGUUGUACAGCUAUUGAUUGAUGAAGCCAGACGUAUUCCCAAGGAUAAACUAAAGAUGAAGGUCGUACCUAUGUAUGGAAGCCUUCCUGCAUCUGAACAGAUGAAAGUUUUUCAAAGGACUCCUUUUAAUACGAGAAAGAUUGUGAUAGCCACAAACAUAGCGGAAGCUUCCAUAACAAUAGAUGGUAUUGUGUAUAUAGUGGACAGUGGCUUUGUCAAGUUAGUAGCCUAUAACCCUAAAACUGGCAUAGAAUCGUUAGUGAUUAUUCCUGUGUCACAGGCCUCAGCCCAUCAGAGGGCUGGACGGGCUGGAAGAGUGCGUGCUGGGAAAGCCUUCAGACUAUAUACAGAAAAAGCUUAUGAUGACCUGCCAAAAGCCACAGUUCCAGAGAUGCAGCGGAGUGAUCUGGCUCCAGUCGUUCUACAGAUGAAAGCUCUAGGCGUGGGCAAUGUCCUGUGUUUUAACUUCCUGUCUGCGCCGCCAGCUCAGAACAUGGUUCGAGGUCUGGAGCUGCUGUAUGCCUUGGGUGCCAUGGACGACAAUGGCAUGCUAACUUCACCAUUAGGACUGCAAAUGGCAGAAUUCCCACUAUCUCCAAUGUUUGCUAAAAUGCUACUGGUAUCAGGAGAGUACCAGUGUUCAGUGGAGGCGAUCUCUGUGGCGGCCAUGACACAGAUACAGAAUGUGUUUGUGACCCCUUCUGGUCAGAGGAACACCUCGGACAAGAUGAAACGGAAAUUUUCGGUAGAUGAAGGAGACCAUGUGACACUAGUGAACGUUCUUGCUGCUUUCCUCAAGUAUGGCAGUAAUAAGAAAUGGUGCCAUGAAUAUUUAUUAAACUACAAAGGCCUGACCCGCGCUGUGCAGAUUCGUGACCAGCUUACACGACUCCUCACUAGAUUUAACAUUCCCAUCAUAUCCUGUGAAG